UCCACCUCAGUCCCCAGCUCCCUUCCUGCGCAGUUCUCCUCAGCAGCCUCUGCGGGCAAGUGCCGGGGCUGCUUUCAAGGAUUAGUUCUCAGGACUGCUAAGAGGCAGCCCCGGCGAGCGGCUGUGCGCACCGUCCAGAGUGACCAGGGCACGGGAGUGCAGCGUUCUUCUGGCCCAGCGCGGGUCAUGGCACCGCAAUAACAGCCCUUCUACCAGCAAUUACCGCUGCUCUGACUUUCCGUUCCAGUUGCUGCUUCUCCCGGGCAACAUGUCAAGAGCCGCCGCCGCUACAGCUGCCGCCGCCACCUGGGGAAGAGCAGCAGCAGCAGCAGCAGCAGGAGUGGCAACCGCGGGUACACGGGGGCAAUAAACCGAGCCGCCCGGCUUCCAGAGGGUCAAGGGACCCUCACCGUGCUCACUGCUCCUGCCAGACCUGCGCCAUGUGCUGAGCCAUGUCCCUGGCCGCGCCCGCGGGCAUCGCAUGGGGCAGCGCCUGAGCGGCGGCCGAUCCUGCCUCGAUGUCCCCGGGCGGUUCCUGCCGCAGCCUCCAACGCCCCCGCCACCGGUGAGGAGGAAGCUCGCGCUGCUCUUCGCCAUGCUCUGCGUCUGGCUCUACAUGUUCCUGUACUCGUGCGCCGGCUCUUGCGCCGCCGCUCCCGGGCUACUGCUGUUGGGUUCGGGGUCUCGCACUGCACACGCCCCGCCAGCCCUGGCCACAGCUCCAAAUGGGACGCCCCCCAGGUUGCCUUUCCGGGCACCGCCGGCCACGGCAUUGGCUGCUGGCAAGGAGAUGGCGGAGGGCGCCGCGAGCCUAGAAGAGCAGAGUCGCGAAACGCCUGACUCCCCCAGCUCCAUCUCCAGCUUCUUUAGUGGGUCAGGGACCAAGCAGCUGCCGCAGGCCAUUAUCAUCGGCGUGAAGAAGGGCGGCACCAGGGCCCUGUUGGAGUUCUUGCGCGUGCACCCCGACGUGCGCGCCGUGGGCGCGGAGCCCCACUUCUUCGACCGCAGCUAUGACAAGGGUCUAGCCUGGUACCGGGACCUGAUGCCCAGGACCCUGGACGGGCAGAUCACCAUGGAGAAGACGCCCAGCUACUUUGUCACGCGGGAGGCGCCCGCGCGCAUCUCGGCCAUGUCCAAGGACACCAAGCUCAUCGUGGUGGUGCGCGACCCGGUGACCAGGGCCAUCUCGGACUACACGCAGACGCUCUCCAAGCGGCCCGACAUCCCCACCUUCGAGAGCUUGACGUUCAAAAACAGGAGCACGGGCCUCAUCGACACGUCGUGGAGCGCCAUCCAGAUCGGCAUCUACGCCAAGCACCUGGAGCACUGGCUGCGCCACUUCCCCAUCGGCCAGAUGCUCUUCGUGAGCGGCGAGCGGCUCAUCAGCGACCCGGCCGGCGAGCUGGGCCGCGUGCAGGACUUCCUGGGCCUCAAGCGCAUCAUCACCGACAAACACUUCUACUUCAACAAGACCAAGGGCUUCCCCUGCCUGAAGAAGGCCGAGGGCAGCAGCAAACCCCACUGCCUGGGCAAGACCAAGGGCAGGACCCACCCCGAGAUCGCCCAGGAGGUGGUGCAGAGGCUGCGCGAGUUCUACCGGCCCUUCAACUUGAAGUUCUACCAGAUGACCGGCCACGACUUCGGCUGGGAUUGAACGGACCCGGGCGGUGUCAUUUAACCAUGUGGCUUAUAUAUUGAGAGAGAGAUUAUAUGUAUGUAAAAUGUACAGAAAUCUAUUUUAUAAUAAUUUAUUUUUAAUUCAUAAGCAAUUAAUUCACUAAGCUGCCUAGCCACACUCUUUUUAGAGAGUUAGCUUCAUGAUCUGUUAACAUUCCAAAGUGUUUAACUCUGAGAUUUUGUUCGAGUCCUCACAAUUGAUGGUGCUUCCAUUUUGUUUCUCCCCCACCUCUCCCCAUUAUAUUUAAAAAGAAGAAAAGCACAACUUGAGAUUUUUGUUGUUACGGGUAUCCAGCCUUCAAUGGCUGUCCCCUCGUGUCUUGGGUUUCACGGUCCAGCUUCUGCGACUCAUCCUGCCCAGUGUACCUCCUAGGAGCGCUGAGUUGCCUCCAUUCUGAAGGUCAGACCUCACCUAGCGGCUUCCCUCGUUGAUGUGGUUUUAUUCCCAAGGAUUCCAAAACACCGCACUAAGGUGCCUCCCCACCUCCACUCAGCACACGGGGGAAUCGCCACGCUGUAAAGGGACAUCACAUCCUUUUAGAGUCUGAAUGACAGGGACCAUUUACUUUAACUUUCGAUGUUGAAGGCCGGCCCUGUGUCCCCUUCUGCCCCAUUCCUUGGUCCAUUAACCACCUUGAAGUGUAUGCACAUGCUAGCCCUUCUUUCCCAGGUCACAUGUAGUGACAUGCUUGGGUGCUGCUUUAAAAAUAAAGAUGAUCUCUUCUAAUCUGCAUGAGAGUGCCCAUGCUCCUUUCUCCAGGCAGAUAGUUCUGGUGCGACACACCAAAGAAUCCCAUAGGCUUUUGAAGCUACUGGCACAAACCCAGGGCCUGGGUGUCAAGACCCAUGAAGGUCAAGUGUAUCCCUCACUGUCAGCCAAGGUGUGGCAAGGUACAGAACUGUCCAGUGUUGGAUCAUAGGUCAAAGCCUCAAUAGGGCAAAAAGAUUCCAAAAUGAUAGGCAACCUGGCAGAGGAAAGAAAUCCCUAGCACUGGAGCUUGAUAUCUCUUUGGAAUUCUUAGCUCAUCCCAGUAUGACAACAUGGUCUGAAGACAAUGACCAAACUGCAGGAAUCCAGAGUGUCUUUUGUAAGGACAUGUUGGGAAAGCUGGCUCCAAGUUGCCUGUGGAUUCUUGAGCCUGACACUUGUUCAGCCAUCCCUUGUUUUAGCCAGGUCUUGGCAGAAGGGUUGGGGCAUUGUUACUAUGGUGUAAAAGGCUUUCUCUAUAACUCUGUGUUGGCACAGUAGUUGGGGGAUCCUUUGUUAUGACUAGCCAGUGGGUAACCAUAUAGCAAUAUCACAUAACAACAUAUGUAGUUCCUCCUCAAUUUCCUAAAUCCAGAGUCCUUCUACCACAAAGGAACGGUUGUUAUAUUUACAUCAAGGAAUAUGUAAGAAGACACUCACAUUGUCAAAAUGGCUUGAUAUUUACAAAGGAUUUCUUUGUAUAUUUUAUGGGAUAACCUGCCAGAUCCAAGUCAGAAAAGCUGUAUGAAAAGACAAGCUGUAUGGAAACCAACCAGAGAUGUCCCUGGGCUUUAAGUGACAUCUUGAUCAUCUGGCUUUGUAUUUGUCCAUGAAUUUUAGCCCAACUAUAGCCUGCAUUUAGGGCGACCCCAGAAUCAUAGCAUAAUUCUCCACUCUUGCUGUUUGAGCGUGAAAAACACCUGCGUCAGGGUGUUAAUUGGUUGUGCAUUUUUCUGUUUGGAAGGCUCAUUUGACAUCAAAGUGAGAACACUUCUUUUCAGUUACAGCAUAACCUCUCUUGACCUUAAAGGCAGUAUGCAAGUCCUUCACCUAGUCCUGCCCCAUCGGCCUUCCGGACACUCUUAUGGUCUGACAUGACUCACCAUGGAGAUUGCAGAAAAGUUCAGAGAAAGGUAUGCCACAAAACUGUACCAAAAUAUGUAUGAACUUUUCCUUUCCCUUCGGGUCCCUGCCCUCUUUCCAAACAGGACGAUUUUUAAUUAAGUUGUUUAUCCCCUGCUUUCAAAUAAGAAUGCAACAGGAAGUUUUUAGAUAGGAGGGUCAUUUAGUCAUGAACACUGAAGUGGGUCAAAAUUCUAUUCUGGGUCAAGUCCUUGAAUCCAAACAGAUGUCGAUAAUCAGUACUGAUGGAGUAGGGUAAGUUUUUUCUAUGUGAGACAAAUAAAUCAAAUGUCAUAUGCAUCUCUUCAUAGGACUCUGAUAGCUUGUAGUUCCUGGCUGAUCCGGAUGCAGCUUCUGCCCCCAGGUUACACCACAUCAUGUGAUAGUUACUAUAGGACCCGCAUGUCUUCUUCUUAGGGAAGUUAGGCAACAUGGAAAAUUAAGCCUUGGGUUUCUUCCUGUUCUAGCCAUCUGCAAGGCCACCAAGCUUAACUUUUUAGCUGCUAGAAGAAAAAAAUACCAUUUCAUGUUUAGGCAAUUUGUCCCAGCAUAUGUUUGGUUUUCUUCCAAUUUAUAGAAAAAGCUCUGGUAUUCAUCCAAGUAUUUUAUUUCUCUCAGUUUUGUUUUGUUUUUUUUUUCUCACUAAAAAAAUAAAUAAAAAGGUUAACAAGAAAUUGGAAAUUUUUAAAAAUUAUUUCUACCUUUCCAAUGUUUUCUUUGAGGCGUUUGUGUAUAGUAGUCUAUUAACUUAAAAGGUGGUACCUGGAAAAAUAUUUUAGGUAUAAGGAUUAUGGAAUAAAAUUUUAAUUGGAUGACAGAAGAGCAGAAAUUAUAUUUUUCAUGGGAUUCUUUGGGGGAGUCAUUUUGAGUGACUUAAAUUUUAGACCUUUGGAGAACACAGUUGCAGGUCCUAGCAGGAUAUUCUCAUAAGAAAGGAAAAUGGAAGGUUCUAAUAAACUAGAAUGAUUUUAGUAAGUAUCUGAAAUGUUGAUUCAGAAGUCCAUGUCAUUUCCCUUCUGUUUUUCAGGAAGAAUGGUUAAUAAAACUUAAAGGUGUGGUUAGAUUUUUUUUUUCAGUUUUGUAACAUUAAUUUAUGACUGAGUUACAUUCAGCCCAGUAAUCUAAAAAAAUACUGAACAAAUUCUAGCAGUAUGUCUUCUAUAACCUGGAUGUUAGAAUAGCCAAUAUGUACAAAAAAAAAUUAAAUCAAGUAUUUUGUCCUAUGUAUAACACAAAUUAAUUUUACACAGAGAAAGAUGUUUCUAGGAAAAUGAAAUUCUGGUAAUUCAUACUAUUUCUUUGUAUGAACAAAUAAAAUAUAUUUUACCAA